AUGGCGACGCUCACGUUGUUGGCUCUCGGCCUAGCGGCGCUCCUCCUCUCCGCCGCAGGCCCGGCGGAGGCGCAGAACUGCGGCUGCCGGCCGAACGAGUGCUGCAGCACGGACGGCUACUGCGGCACCAGCAUCGCCUACUGCGGACGAGCGUGUCAGUCGGGCGCGUGCGCGGUGCUCAGCGGCGGGAUCGCCGUCCCGGUGGAGAGCGUGGUCACCCCGACGUUCUUCAACGGGAUCAAGUCCCACGGCGCCGGCGACGGGUGCGCCGGCAAGAGCUUCUACACGCUCCGGUCGUUCCUGGACGCCGCCCGCGCGAACCCCGACUUCGCGAAAGGCCGCUCCACGGACGAUUCCAAGAGGGAGAUUGCCGCCUUCUUCGCCCAGGUCACCCACGAGACCGGAUAUCUGUGCCUCAUCGAGGAGACGAACGGGGCGAGCAAGGACUACUGCGACGAGAGGGACACCGACUGGCCGUGCUACGCGGGGUGGGCGUACUAUGGGCGCGGGCCGCUGCAGCUGCGGUGGAACUCCAACUACGGGCCGGCGGGGAAGAGCAUCGGGUUCGACCUGCUGAGGAACCCGGAGAAGGUGGCGGAGGACCCGGUGGUGGCGUUCAAGGCGGCGCUGUGGUUCUGGAUGAGCAGCGUGCACCCGUUCGUGCCCCAGGGGUUCGGCGCCACGACCAGGGCCGUCAGCGGCAUCGCGGAGUGCGACGGCGGGAACUCGACGGCGGUGAACAAGCGGGCGAGCUACUACAGGGACUACUGCAAGAAGUUCGGCGUCGACCCAGGGAACUUCCUCACUUGCUGAGUGCUGGUUCGUAUAUGUAUGUGCGCGUAUCACGCAUGGCUUGUGUGUGCAGAAUAAAACGGAAUAAAAUGUUCGGGGCGUGUGCAUAACGUACACGUCUUCAGCUG